CGUUGUCGUUGUCUUGGCAGCUGGCCGCGACUGCGCACAAAUCAGUUUCAGUUUUUCAGUCCAACGUGCGAGUUCGCAGUUCGAGUAACGGUUUCAAGUUGGCAACACUUUUUGUGUGUGGCGGCAGGAGUUGAAUUUGAAUUUGAAUUUAAAUUCGAUUUAAAUUGUUGAGUGUUUGCAGCGCGUGCGCAGAGUUUUUUUCGGGCAGCAAAGCCCCAAAAAGCCAAAAACAAAAAUCAAAGACACACAUAAACGCGUGUCAAAACUUGCAGUGUAGUGUACUUCAAUAAUUGAAUCAUAAAUUCAGCAAUUCCAACAAGUAACAUAAUCAAAUUCUGGAUAAGUGUGUGUACUCCACAGCUGUAGGAAAAUGUUGCCACCGCGAUUGCUGCGAGUUGCCUUUGUGAUAUGCCUGCUGGUUGUAUUGCUCUCUCCCUCCACAGACAGCGCACAGACCAAGACGCGUCGGCGCAUGCGACGACCCACAACAGUUGCCAGUUCGGUUAAGAAAACCACUGAAACGCCUGUGGCCCAGAAGCGCAUAGAUCAGGAGCCCGCAUCCACAACCAGCGUCAGUCGUACACGACUCCGCUCCAAGUCGAAGAUACGUGGUGGUACAGCUGCCGCCGCAGCGGCUGCCGGCGGUGCAGCCCUCGUUGCCAGCGGUUCAUCCCUGAAGGGCAAAAAGACUAAGGUCGAUGAUGGCACACCAAAGAUCGUUUGCUACUACACCAACUGGUCGCAGUAUCGUGCCAAGAUCGGCAAGUUUGUGCCGGAGGAUAUUCCCGCCGAUCUCUGCACGCACAUUAUCUUUGCCUUUGGCUGGCUGAAGAAGGGCAAACUGAGCUCCUACGAGUCCAACGAUGAGACCAAGGACAAUGUGCCUGGACUCUACGAACGCAUGAUGAAUCUGCGCAAAGCGAAUCCCAAAUUGAAGAUUUUGCUGGCUAUUGGCGGUUGGUCCUUUGGCACACAGAAGUUCAAGGACAUGUCGGCCACACGCUACACGCGCCAGACCUUUGUCUACUCCGCCAUUCCCUUCCUGCGUAAACGUGGCUUUGAUGGUCUGGAUAUGGAUUGGGAAUAUCCCAAGGGCUCGGACGAUAAGAAGAACUUUGUUCUGUUACUGAAGGAGCUGCGUGAAGCCUUCGAAGCUGAAGCUCAGGAGCUGAAGCAGCCACGUCUUCUACUCUCCGCCGCCGUGCCCGUGGGUCCGGACAAUGUGCGUGGUGGCUACGAUGUGCCCGCCAUUGCCAGCUAUCUGGACUUUAUCAAUCUGAUGGCCUACGAUUUCCACGGCAAAUGGGAACGUGAAACUGGACACAAUGCACCACUCUAUGCUCCUUCCACGGAUUCCGAGUGGCGCAAGCAGCUUUCAGUGGACAAUGCCGCCAAUUUGUGGGUUAAAAUGGGCGCACCUAAGGAGAAGCUUGUCAUUGGCAUGCCCACCUAUGGACGCUCCUUUACCUUGGCCAACACCGAUAAACAUGGUCCAAAUGCACCUGCAACUGGAGGUGGACGUGAGGGUGUCUAUACCAAGGAAAGUGGCUUCCUUGCUUACUAUGAAAUCUGUGAGAUGCUGUUGAAUGGCGCCGUCUAUGUUUGGGAUGAGGAGAUGAAGGUGCCCUACCUGGUUGAUGGUGAUCAAUGGGUGGGCUUCGAUGAUGAGCGUGCGAUCAGGAACAAAAUGCAUUGGAUCAAAUCGAAUGGCUUUGGUGGCGCCAUGGUCUGGACCAUAGACAUGGACGAUUUCAAGGGCGAGGUGUGCGGUGGCAAUGUCAAGUAUCCAUUGAUUGGCGCCAUGAGAGAAGAGCUGCUCGGCAUUUCACGUGGCAAGGAGGCUAAGGAUGUUAACUGGACAGCUGUGGCAGCCACUUUUGAGGAUAUCGAAGAGAAACCCGAACCCAUCAAGAUUUCUGUGGAUGAAGUGCUUAACAAGGUGCGCAAGCCACAUGUCCAAAAGAAGCAUCGCAUCAAGGCGGGAGCCAAUGCCAUUGAACAGAACACUCGUCCCGCUCAAGUCUUUUGUUAUCUCACCAGCUGGUCGGCCAAGCGUCCUGGCGCUGGCAAGUUUGGUCCUGACAACAUUGAUCCCAAGCUCUGCACGCACAUUGUCUACGCGUUUGCCACCUUGCAGGAUUACAAACUGGCAGAGGCGAGCGAUGAUGAUCCCGAGAACUAUGAGAGUCUCAUUGACUUGCGUGAUGCGAAUCCCGAUCUGCAAAUUCUGCUGGCAAUUGGUGGCUGGGCCUUUGGUUCGACUCCAUUCAAGGAGCUCACCUCGAAUGUCUUCCGCAUGAAUCAGUUUGUCUAUGAGGCCAUUGAUUUUCUGCGUGAUUACAAGUUUAAUGGUUUGGAUGUCGACUGGGAGUAUCCACGUGGCGUUGAGGAUCGCAUUGCCUAUGUGAAUCUACUGCGUGAAUUGCGUGUGGCUUUUGAAGGAGAAGCCAAGUCAUCGGGCUUGCCACGCCUACUGCUAACUGCUGCCGUACCCGCCUCCUUUGAGGCCAUUGCCGCUGGCUACGAUGUGCCUGAGAUCUCCAAGUACCUGGACUUUAUCAAUGUGAUGACCUAUGAUUUCCAUGGCCAAUGGGAACGCACUGUUGGCCACAAUUCACCGCUGUUCCCUCUGGAAUCGGCGACGGGUUACCAAAAGAAACUGACUGUGGAUUUCAGCGCUCGCGAAUGGGUUAAGCAGGGUGCACCCAAGGAGAAGCUGCUCAUUGGCAUGCCCACCUAUGGACGCAGCUUUGAGCUGGUCAAUGAGACACAAUUCGACAUUGGAUCCCCAUCUUCUGGUGGUGGUAAGGCGGGUAAGUUCACCAACGAGGCGGGUUUCCUGAGCUACUACGAGGUGUGCACCUUCUUGGCGGCUGACAACACCACGCUGGUGUGGGACUCGGAGCAGCAGGUGCCCUUCGCCUACAAAGGCAACCAAUGGGUGGGCUUUGACGAUGAACGUUCUCUCAAGACUAAGACGGAAUGGCUGAAGGAGCAAGGCUUUGGUGGCAUUAUGGUCUGGUCCAUUGAUAUGGACGACUUCUCUGGACGCUGCGGCAAUGGCAAAUAUCCACUGCUGACUUCCCUCAGCGAUGAGCUCAAGGACUAUAAGGUUGCACUCGAAUACGAUGGACCCUACGAAUCCCAUGGACCACGCGGCGCCUACACGACAAAAGAUCCUCAUGAUGUAACCUGCGCGGAGGAGGAUGGUCAUAUUAGCUACCACAAGGAUUGGGCCGACUGCACACAUUAUUAUAUGUGCGAGGGUGAACGCAAACAUCAUAUGCCAUGUCCUGCCAACCUGGUCUUCAAUCCCCAAGAGAAUGUCUGCGAUUGGCCCGAAAAUGUCGAGGGUUGCCACGCGCCAACGGAGGCACCUGCCUAAAUCCAUAUACAAGAGAUGGAUUCUUGUUAAGGCCUUAUUUUGUUGGCCCUCUGCAAGUUGUUAAUACGAGUUCGAGUAUAUAUUAUGAAAUGAUGCCCUAGUUUUAGUUUGAAAAUUGCGAUUUAGUUUUGCUCUUUUGCUGCUCCCCGCCCCCAAUCACCACUAACUCGAUAUAUAAAAAAAGAGAACAAAUACUCAAAAACUUUGCUAAAGCUCUGCUGAAUUUUUUGUACUAAAUGUAAGCUUAAUUAAAUACAUAGCAUUUAAGUAGUUUUUAUGUUUUAGCUAAAAAUGAAUGCACAACUUUUAUGUAGUUGCCCCCUAACAAAAAA